AUGAGUCUGCCUGUCAAAAGUCUCAAACUUAUAUACUAUUUCAUGGUGGUGAAUGAGUCAGAUUUUCGUGAGGGUCUGGAGAAGUAUUAUUGUGGUCUAUAUAGAGAGGCUAAGUGGACCAAGUUGGAGGUAUUGGAUGGUGAAAUAUAUUUAAAUGGUUUUACUUUGGCCAAAUGUAUUGCAGAAGCAAGAUUGAAGGGUAGUCUAACAAAAAAUGAGGCCUUCAACUUAAUGAAGGGGUUGAAGGAGAGAAUAGAAGUUUUCGAUAAGAUUGAGGUGGAGAAAAAGAUGGUGAGGGUGGAGAGGGGGUUGAUAACAGGUGUAAAGGGUGAAAGGAGUAUUUCACCUCAUUAUACCUAUGAAGAGAAAGGAAAUACUAUUCAUGGGACUAAGAAUACCAAUUUUAUUGCCUGGCCUUCGCAAAGGAUACAGGAACCGAUGUCUAGUUUUUAUCUUGAGAACGCCAAGAGACCUGGAACAGUCAUUACGUCUGAUGUGGGGAAAUUUAGUGGUGAUGGUGCUUAUAUGUGGGUAGAAAAAAAUGAGAUUUCGAUGAUUAAAUAUCUAAAUCAAGAUAUUUUUAGUUUAAAUACUGAGGACUUUAAAAUUGCUAAGGAUAAACAUGAUUCUUUUUUAGAACUGUUUUUAAGUUGGAAUUUGCCAGGUAGGGGUAAGUUAGUUACACAAUUAAGUAAUAACCUUUAUAGAGGGCCAUUUAUGAGUGCUUCAGAUGGUGACAUAAUAGAUGCGAUCGAUACUACAUAUGGGGAAUAAUCUGUCCCGUAUAAUGACUAUGAAAUGAAGGAUGAUGAUCUGGAGACUCUACUAGAGGAGUUUUAUUCCAUGAAUAUUUUCAAUGAGAAUACUAAGAUUCAUAUGAGUUUAAAAAUAAACUUAGAUGAAUUCCUAAUUUUUUCUGGUUAAGAAUGUCCCGUAAUGUAACAUAGAAAUAAUGGGGAAAGACAUAAAAAUUGUGAUAAACAAUAAAAUAAGCAAAUUAAACAAAGAAGAAAUUUUGGAUAUAUUUGUUACUUUAGAAGCAAUUAGGAUAUCCGAGAAGGGGAAAGAACACAUAAAUAUUUCAGACUUGGUGAGGGUUCCUACACUCUACAGUGUUAUAUCGUAUUUUAAAAAUAUUGA